AUGCCCCCCGCAACACCCAGUCCGCACUAUGUGUACGUGGCGCCGACGCCGCUCUGGAUCGUGCGACCCGUGCCCAUUGUGGUCGUCUUUACUGCGACAACGUACUGGUCGCGGCCGUCGUGCAGCAGUCGGCUCUGUCAGCGUGACUAUGCGGCGUGCCGUCGGCUGUACAACUACGAUGAUUGCGUCUGCGUGCCCGGUCUCCUCCACUGCAUGGAGCGGCAAUGCCGCACCGACUACAUCUGGGGGGUUACCGAGUGCCAGCGCAGUGUGAACCCUCGGGCUCUGUGCCAUCUCUCGUGCGCGCCGAUGGUGCAUGGGGACUAUAGCGUGACCAACUACAGCGUACUGGUUGGUCUCAGCGUCCAAGGGAUUUCCGCCAGCAAUUGGGCAGCGUACGAGGUCAACGUGCCAGAGCUCCUCGAGGAGGCCCAAGCGACCAACGGCAGUGUGCCGUGGCCCGUCACCAUCCACACGGCGCCGCACGAUGCCGGGAGCGACUCGCGCACAGAGUUGGUCGCAGAGAUUCAUACGACGGGUCCCUCGAGCAUGCUUAGCGUCCAAGCGUUCUUCCUCAACGCGUCGGCGACCGAGUGGCUCGCGACGACCUUGUUCGAGUACGGCGUCCUCUUCAACACGAGCCAGUUGGCCAUCACCAGUGUCCAGACUUUCGUAAUUCCUCUCUUCAACGACACGGUCGCCACGACAACGAUGGAUUUUGACCCGACGAUACAACCACCAACGACGUCGUCAGCGACCAACUCGGGCCUUGGGUUCGUCCUUGGGUCCUUGCUUGGUCUAGGGAUGUUCGGGCUCGCGUAUCUGUGCCAGCGCCGCCAGCGACGUCCAUCGAUAGCCUACGCCAACAUUGAGAUUCGUUAA